AUGGAUGUUGGACACGUACUGUCUCCUGAGUUCCUCGCUGAGCUGCUUGAGUGCAUCGUCAACUUCCUCGUCCACCGCUCUGUGCAGCUGCGCUUUCAGCUGUCUGCCGCCGUGCUCCAGGAACGUCAGCAGUUUCUCAAGCUCCCUGAUGGCGGCGGACAAUUUAUCGUUAACAGCGUUAAGAUUUUCUUUGAUUUUUACCAGUUGCAUUUUUACGUCAUCAUCUUCAAACCCCUGCAGCUUGCGCUUCAGCCCUCUGCCGUCCUCAGCAACGUUGUAGCAAAGGUGAUUCAGUAUACUUCUCACGUCGCUGACGUCCACGUUCCUCACCAUCGCGACUUCAUUCAUGACCCUCUCGAGACCCACGGUGCUCCGCCAACUUGCACUGUCACUCAACCCGUUGGUUACCAGAUCGCCCAGCGCUUUGAUGACGUCAUCGCUCAGCACGCCUUGCAACCUUGUGAGCUCCCCUGUGAUUGCCGCCUUGGCUGCCUCGAUGGCUUCGGGAUUGUCUGUGAACUGUUUCUUCUGCAGCCCAGUAAUCACUGUGUGAAUGCCUUGAAGGUUUCCCGACUGGGGAACGUCCUUACCAAUUUUCUCCUUCAACCGCGUCAAGUGGUCUACGACGUCACUGUUUGUGCUGUCAUCAUUUAA